AGAGGGUUCGUUUAAAAACGUCCUUUUCGUGCUGUGAUUGGUGACCAUGGAGGGCUUGACCAUCAAAAGUAGAAUUAAAAAUCUGCUUCGCUCGCCGUCCGUCCAGCUCAAGAGGAACAAGCGUGCCGUCAAAGAAAACCUGUGUAACAAGGUGACUCUAGAGAGAGUACUUGGUAUCACAACUUCAGGAGGUAGCGGAUUGACGUGUGACCCUUGCUCGGGUACAGUUGCCUAUCCAGCUGGGUGUGUGGUUGUGCUACUGAACCCCAAGAAGAACAGACAGCAACACAUAAUUAACACGUCCAGGAAAACUAUCACUACUUUAGCCUUUUCUUCAGAUGGCAAAUAUCUUGUCACAGGAGAGAGUGGUCACUUGCCUGCAGUGCGGGUGUGGGAUGUGGCUCAGGGGUCCCAGGUGGCAGAACUGCAGGAGCACAAGUAUGGUGUGGCUUGUGUGGCCUUCUCCCCCAACAGCAAAUACAUUGUCAGUGUGGGCUACCAGCACGACAUGAGCGUCAAUGUGUGGGCCUGGAAGAAAAACACGUUGGUGGCUGCUAACAAAGUGUCCAGUAAAGUGACGGCGGUGUCUUUUUCUGAAGACAGCUCCUACUUUGUGACAGCUGGAAACAGACAUGUCAGGUUCUGGUAUCUGGAACCCUGCAACUCUAACAAGCUUUCAGCCCCUGUUCCUUUGCUCGGCCGUUCUGGCCUCUUGGGAGAACUACGAAACAACUUCUUCUGUGAUGUAGCUUGUGGCCAAGGCGAGAAGUCUGAGAGCACCUUCUGCAUUACUUCUUCCGGGCUGCUCUGUGAGUUCAAUGAGAAGAGGAUGCUGGAUAAAUGGGUAGACUUACGGACGAGUACAGCACGUGCCCUGUCUGUGACUGAGGACCUGAUAUUCUGUGCGUGUGCUGACGGGACAGUACGGGUCUUUAGCCCUGCUGACCUGCACUUCAUCUGCACCCUGCCACGUCCACAUCACCUGGGCACAGAUGUGGCUGCAGUCACUCAGGCCAGUCACCUUUUCUCCAACAAGCCAGAUGAGCACUACCCAGACUCUGUGGCAGUGACGUAUGACCCUGUUAACCUCUGGCUGUCUUGCGUGUAUAAUGAUCACAGCCUGUAUGUGUGGGAUGUGCGAGACUUGCAGAGAGUGGGCAAGAUGCACUCUGCCCUCUACCACUCUGCAUGUGUGUGGGACUUGCAGAUAUACCCUAAAUCUAAAGACGGACCACCAACUGGGCUUGAUUCUUCAGGAUUAUUCUUCAGCUGCUCUGCAGACAACACGGUUCGCAUGUGGAGCACAGAGGCACACAUCCCAACCAACGGCAAUGUUCUCAGCAGUGAUCUUCAGAAGGUCAUUUAUAUAGACAACAAUACAGCAGCCUUGCUGGAUACAGAGGGAACUUCAACUAAUGGUGCAGAGAAGUCCGAGGGUCAGACUGCAGAGAGUCGGACAGGCAUCAAAACCAUCUGUGUGAGUCCGGAUGGCAAACACCUGGCCUCUGGAGACCGGACCGGCACACUGAGAGUUCAUGAUCUCAGCAAUAUGGAGGAGAUUCUUAAAGUAGAGGCCCACGACUCAGAGAUCCUGUGCCUGGAGUACUCAAAACCUGAGACGGGAAUGAAGCUGCUGGCAACAGCGGGUCGAGAUCGGCUGAUUCAUGUGCUGGAUGUUGAGGAAGAUUACAGGCUUCUGCAGACCCUGGAUGAGCACUCCUCUUCCAUCACAUCUGUCCGUUUCACUGCCAAUGAGGGGAAGGUGAGGAUGAUCAGCUGCGGAGCUGAUAAGAGUUUGUACUUCCGCACUGCCCACAGGACUUUCCGAGGGGUCAAAUUUAAACGCACCCACCAUGUGGUGAGAAAGAGCACUCUUUAUGAUAUGGAUGUGGAUCCCACUUGCAAGUACGCGGCUGUAGGCUGUCAAGACCGCAGCGUCAGAGUGUUCAACAUAAGCAGUGGGAAACAAAAAAAAUCUUUUAAAGGCUCUCAGGCUGAAGAUGGCAGUCUUCUUAGGGUCCAAAUGGACCCAUCCGGUCUGUAUGUGGCCACCAGCUGCUCGGAUAAGAACCUCAGCCUGUUUGACUUCCAGACUGGAGAGUGUCUGGCUGCCAUGUUCGGGCAUUCAGAAAUCAUCACAGGUAUUAAGUUUACCAGUGACUGCAGGCAUCUGAUCUCAGUCUCAGGAGACAGUUGUAUCUUUGUGUGGCGUCUUGCACCCGAACUGACCAUUAACAUGAGGGAGCGUUUGGAACAGCUCAAACACUGUCAGAGUGACCCAGCCUUUACAAACUCUGUGUACAGAAGCACUUCUGCAAGCAGUCUGGAGAUGCACAGUGCCCCGUCUAUACUGACCUGCUCCUCUGGAAGUGAGGAAGAUGAGGAAGACGAUGAAGAUGAAAGAUUUGAUGACAACCAGUCUUCAGAUGAUCAUGAAAUCAACCAUCAUAUGUCAUUAGAAGAGGAUCAAGGUGCUUCUGAUGAGGGGAAUGAUUGGGACUCCUCUGUUAAGGAGUCAUCUACAGGUUCCUGUGCGCCUGAGCCCUCUUUGCCCGAGGCACCACGGCCGCGGAGGCGGUGGUCCUGCAGGAUGGGCUCUCUGGAGCUGAUGGUGAAGUCUAUGCUAGAGCUACGGCAGCUUGAUUCCUUCUCCAGACCCGGCUCCCCGAAAAGCAGCUCCACCAGUCAGCUCUGCAGCCAGCCGGCCGGCGGCAGCACCACCAGCCUACAGGAGGACACACAGCGGGGUAAGAAACGACGUGCUCGUCCUCAUUCUGCCUGGCUGGCUCCUGCCUCAUCUCCUGAAUCCGAGGGUGUGGUGCUGUACCCGGAGCAGUGCCCCAGCAUGGACAGCCUGCCUGGAGCCUACCAGGUGCAGGGUGAGGAGGCCCAGUGCCCGGACAGCCACAGCCCAGACAGCGGCAGCUCCAUGGGCUAUGGCAGUGGAGGAUCCAGCCCAGAGCAGGACCAUGCAGAUGACCCAGAUACUGUCAGUACUGAUGAAGAGCAUUAUACUCAGGAGGAGGAGACCAGACGAAAGUUCCACAAGCGAGAGAGCCCUGUACGAGAGAGCUUCCUCAGGGAGCACUUUGAGACGCUCGCUGACGCUGUGAACAUGGGGAACAACCCCAGACCCCAAGGCAGCAUUUCAGCACGCUUUCUCGCCCAAGGCUCCACAAGCAGAAAGUCCUCCCCAUUCCUCUCCAAGACUAGCAGGAAAAUUGACAGAGGUCCCAGUGCUGAAGUUAAGCCCCUGGUGUCCACAGUACGGCCCCUGCAUGAGGGGACGGGUCAGGGAACAGGUUUGGAAGAGAAAGCGGCGACGAACCCUCUAGAGCCGUGUCUACAGCUGUGCUCAAAGCCACAGAGGAGGAAGGCUGCUGAGGCUCAUCCUGGCAGGGUGGCCAGUCCGAUGGGCAAGAAAUCAGCAGUGCUUCUGAAAUCUGUGUCGGCACAAAAUCUAACAGCAGAGAAUCGCAAGUCCAUGACACCGUCCCGUUUGAAGCGUGAGUCUCGGCCGCCCCUGCCUCAGCUCACCAUGGAGAGAAAUGAUUCCAGAGUGCAUCUGCAUCACCCAUCCUCCACAGGGUCCUCCUCUCCUCAGCCCUGGGAGAGUCCUAACACCAGCCGUCAUCUCAAAGCUCGCUCGUAUAUGAACCCCACCACCAGUUUCAUAGCCAAGGUCAGCCGAACUACAUCCAUCGGAGAUGGCCUCCACAUAGGCAUGCCCAGUGGCGAGACUUUGCCAUGGUCAGGGCCUUCAACUUCACCUACCAGUCCAUCUUUUUCACCUCUUCUGCCAUCUCCUUCUGCUUCCCUUCCUGGCCUAUGCAACCAAACCCAUGGUGGCUCUCAGACUCCACCUCCUAAAAGCAGCAAGGCACGUAUUUUUGGACGGAGCAGUAACCCUGUCUCAGACCAUUCCAGCAGAUCCACUCCUACAGGCGUUUCAGAAACUGCUGCUAUUCAAAAAGACUCUUUUGAUGGAACUGAACACCACCAUAUGGGAGCUGGCUUUGCAAAAGAUCAGGUGGAUCACUUUGCCUCUCAUUCUGUGCCUUUGAAAGCUGGUCUGGACCCUGAGGCUGGCUCCCACAACCCACAACAUGAGCGCCCCCUGCUGGCUGUCCAAGCUUUCACCAUGUCAUCCGAGAGCCAGACUGAUCAAGGUUUGCUCCGCCGACGUUCGUCCUCUAUCGUCCUGGCGUCUGUGCCCUUUCAUCUUCCUCUUCAUCACUGUUCUGCUGCUCUCUGGCCUCUCUGCUUCACUUCUCCACACUCUGUCCAUUCAUGUAUGAACCAUUGCUGUCUGACGGCAGAGCCUGCAGUAAACUUGGAUACCUGCAGGCAGGCUGCUGCUGAUCUGUGCAACAACAUGAAGAAGGCCACCCAGCUCUAUAGAAUGGUGAGCUCCUGCAGUGGAGAGGCAUCUACAGAGCGUCAGGAGAUGGAGCGUGUGCUGACUGAAGCUCUGCUACUGGUGCGCUCUGAGCUUGAGGCCAUUCCCAGGCCAGCACCUGGGGUGGCAACAGCUGAAGGGGGGGAGCGGACCCUGGCCCUGCUAGAGCAGUACUCUCAGCUUCUGCUACAGUCUGUGGAGAAGAGACUCGACCACAAAAUCUAACCUCGCGCCUACCGGACAGGACUACUGAUUGCAUAGGCAUAAAGAUAUUUAGGCUUGGACUUGGAGACUCGCUCUUCUACCAGAAAGAGGAUCUGAGAGGCAGUGAAAAAGUCAGACAGAGCUGCAUAGAUUGUGGAUCUGAACAUUAUAUACCCUCAUUUUUGUGGUUUUAAUAUUUGUUUUUUCUUUGCUCUCUUAAGGACUUUCAGACAGCCUAGAGGAGAAAGAACAAACACAUGUUUUUCUUUGAUCACUUUUAAUCCUCCAUUUUCCUGAACCACUGAAUGGGUUGGUGUGCUACACAGAAAUUUAAGCCUAGUCCUGGACUGCAAAGCAUUCUGAUUGGAGAUUCUACAUGUAAUCCAGGACUAGACUUAUUCCAUGUCUGGGAAACCAACCCUUAGUGUUUUACAAUAUUAGAGACUUCUCCCAAAAUACAGAUUGUUGCAUGUUUUUUUUUGUCCAUUAUGUACAUGUAUAUGUCUUCAGAUACAAGCUGGAUUUGUAUUUUUAUUUAAUAAAGUUUUAAAGUGUCUUCCCGUAGGAUGUAAUUAAGUUAGUGAAUCUGUGAGUGUGUCAGGC